AUGAAUAACCAAAGAGUAACCUAUGCAGAACUGAAUUUGGCCAAGUCAGCCAAGAGACAGCAAAGGAAGCCUAAGGGCACUCAAAGCUCCAUUCCAGUAACUGAGCAGGAAAUAACCUAUGCAGAAUUAGCUCUUCAAAAUGCUUCCCAGGAUCUUCAAGAGAGGGACAAGAAGGACCACUCCAAAGUUUCACCAUCACCUCCAGAGAAGCUCAUUGCUGGGACCCUAGGGGUCAUCUGCCUUGUCCUGAUGUCCGCUGUGGUGACGAUACCUAUUAUUCCCUCUAAUGUAAUACUGGAGCAGAAUAAUUCUUCAUUGAAAACCGGGAUCCAGGAAGAAUAUCAUUGUGGACAUUGUCCAAAGGAGUGGUUUACAUAUUCCAACAACUGCUAUUACAUUAGUACUGAAAAAAAAGCAUGGAAUGAGAGUGUGCUGGCCUGUGCUUCUAAGAACUCUAACCUGCUUUACAUAGAUAAUGAAGAAGAAAUGCCUUACUUACCAGAUAUUAGCCUUGUGUAUGCGUAG